AGCGAAGAGCUUCCGUUGCUGGUGUAUAAGUCCCGCCUCACGAACGUGCGCGGAUUGUGUUUGAAUUUUCACUUUUCACUUUUCGUAUCCUUUGACUAUCUUCUAGUGUUUUAUUUUACACACUUUCCAAUCUUUUCAGUUUUUAGUUACUUAACGUUACAGCAGUACUUUAACAUAUCAAUCGAAGAAAGAAGAAAUACAUUGCUUCACGACGAAACACAGGAUGAAGCCAAGUCGGAGAAUCUAUUUACAGUCCUGGAGAGCUACCAGACGCACUCUCCAAAACCUCCAUGCAAGCCAGGCAGAAAAUGCACGUGCAAGCCAGACAGAGAAUCUCACUCACCAAAACCCUGAGAGCCUCAAUAGAGACACAUUCAUGGCAUGUGAUGAGAGAGAUGGAGAUGGAGAACAAACGGAUGACUAUUGUUACUGGCCUGCAUGCAAUCCGACAGCCAGAGCACGAAGGGGGGAACAACCUGAUCCUGAUACUUGGAUUUCAAGGAAAGUCAAGGUGUUUAGUGGUGUUACAGCUGACUUCAACCAGGCACUGCGGUGGUUGAAAAAGGCAGAAACAAUGUCAAGCGUGGAAAGUGCAGAUGAUGGGGCUGUGCUCUCAAAAAGGCCAGCAAAAUUUGCUUACAGCAGUGAUGAGGAUGAAGACUUUGCUGAACAGGUCCUCCAAAUUAAUAGGAAAUCCAGAGGUUUGUUCCAUGGACCACGAGAGGUGCCACCUUCACGGAAAUCUUCUGCAGGGCCAACACACCCUCCACCUCCCAUCUGCAUUUUUCCGCAGACAAACACUAUAAACAACCUUGAUGAUCCAGUUAGUCCUAUUCAGCCUGAGAUGUCUGAUGAAACUGCCAGCUGCUCCUCGAGUGCGUCAGACUCUAUCUCCGCCUUAACCCAAACGAUUACAGUAAUACAAGAGACACUUAAGACAAUGUUGACCCGCCAGGAUGUGAUGUCAAAAAACAUCCAGGAGAUACUUCUCCGGUUAAACCAGAUUGGAGGGGCCAGACCGGGUCCGGAGACCCCAAUAGAAAUCGAUGUGGCCCAGUCUUUGGAAGAACUUGCUGUCUUGGAGGCAAAACUGAAAGACCUUCCGGACUACAAGAAGAGAUUGACACACCAUCUCAGUCUGAUUGGUGGAGCCAACCCGGGAGAAGUUACAAGGCGUAUCAUGCGGGCUGUUGCUUCUAGCGGUGUCUGGAAAAACUACAGCCUUCAUGGGAAGAAGGGGAAAAAAACAUUGCUGCAUACAACAGUGUACCAGGUUAUCAAACGGGCUAUCAUGCUGAGUCGAUCCGGACUACAGGACAAAGCUGUGGAAGAACUCGUCACAAAUGUUUUAAAACAUACCCCAGCCCACAGUAAACUACAGGUGCAGUCAGUCCCAGAAGUGGCGGUCCAGCAACAGGACAAUAACCAGCAAUUGACGUGAAGACCUUUUUAAAGUGUUUUAAAUAGUGUGUUAAACUUUUUUUUUUUUUUUUUUUGCUUUAAUGUACAGUUGUUCAUUUUUUCUCAUUUGUUUUUAAAGUGUUUUAAAUAGUGACAUUUAUUUUUUUGCUUUAAUGUAUAGUUGUUCAUUUUUCCCCCAAUUUG